AUGCCCCAUCACUGACACAGACUUACAGUGUUAAGGCCUGGGAGAAGGAAGGUGACUCUGCAAGUCCUUUAUUGAUCUUGGAUCUCUAAGGGAAGAUUCUAGAGUGUUCUUUCCAGGGCCAACAACCGCCAGCCAAGGACGUAGAUGUUAUCCAAUGACAGAACCAUUUCAAGACUAUAAACUACCAGCCCUGACCUGGCUGAUAGAGAUCAGAUGGUGACUGAAUAGAAGCUGCCCCAGUCCUGGGUCCAUGAUGUACGCACAAGUUGAAAUUUCAGAAGCUGAAUACCCACGAGUUGAAUAUCAAAGAAGACAGCAAUUUUGGGACCCUAUACGGUUAGCUCUAUUCACACUGGCAAUUGUAGCAAUCAUAGGAAUUGCAAUUGGAAUUGUUACUCAUUUUGUUGUUGAGGAUGAUAAGUCAUUCUAUUACCUUGCCUCUUUUAAAGUCACAAAUAUCAAAUACAAAGAAAAUUAUGGCAUAAGAUCCUCAAGAGAAUUUAGAGAAAGGAGUCAUCAGAUUGAAAGAAUGAUAUCUAGGAUAUUUAGACGUUCUUCUGGAGGAGGACGAUUCAUCAAAUCACAUGUUAUUAAAUUAAGUCCAGAUGAACAAGGUGUGAACGUUCUCAUGGUGCUCAUGUUUCGCUAUCCAUCUACUGAUAGUGCUGAGAGAGUCAAAAAAAAGAUUGAAAGGAUUUUACAUCAAAAUCUGAAGAUCAAACAGUUGCCGUUGACUAUAAAUAAACCAUCUUUUAGCCUCACACCUAUUGACAAUAAAAAGAUGAGAAAUCUUCUCAACAGUCGCUGUGGGAUAAGGACGACAUCCUCAAACAUGCCAUUGCCAGCAUCCUCUUCAACAGAAAGGAUUGUCCAAGGCAGGGAGACAGCUAUGGAUGGCGAGUGGCCCUGGCAGGCCAGCCUGCAGCUCGUGGGGGCAGGCCAUCAGUGUGGAGCUAGCCUCAUCAGUAACAUGUGGCUACUGACUGCAGCUCACUGCUUCAGGAGAAAUAAAGACCCUAGUCAAUGGAUUGCUACUUUUGGUACAACUAUAACACCACCUGCAGUGAAACGAAGCUUGGGGAAAAUUAUCCUUCAUGAAAAUUAUCAUAGAGACACGAAUGAAAAUGACAUUGCUUUGGCUCAGCUCACUACCAGAGUUGAGUUUUCAAAUAUAGUCCAGAGAGUUUGCCUCCCAGAUUCAUCUAUAAAACUGCCACCUAAAACAAGUGUAUUUGUCACAGGAUUUGGGUCUAUUGUGGAUGAUGGACCUACACAAAAUAAACUUCGGCAAGCCAGGGUGGAAACCAUAAGCACUGAUGUGUGUAAUAGAAAAGACGUGUAUGAUGGCCUGAUAACCCCGGGGAUGUUAUGUGCUGGAUUCAUGGAAGGAAAAGUAGAUGCAUGUAAGGGUGAUUCUGGUGGACCUCUGGUUUAUGAUAAUCAUGACAUCUGGUAUAUUGUGGGUAUAGUAAGUUGGGGACAGUCAUGUGCUCUUCCCAAAAAACCUGGAGUCUACACAAGAGUGACUAAGUACAGAGAUUGGAUUGCCUCAAAGACUGGUAUCUAGUGUGAAUUGUCUGUGAAUUCUGGAUGCAGGGCAUAUGGAGUGGAAAUACCUGCAUCUUGUGUAUUUUUAUUUAUGUUCAUUUGGUUUUGAUCAGUGUUUUUGCUAGAUGUCAAGAACCUUUUUGGACCUGGACCAGACUAAUAUGAGGUAGCCUUUGUGUCCAUAUGACCAAACUGUCUCUCCCACAAGGGAAAACGACACAGCAAAUUUCACUCAAAUUUCUCCUCACUCACAAGGGGAGUUGUUUGUGAUACUUCUUAGUAAGAUGAGUAUUGAAAAAUGGCUUCCCUCAAUGAAGAGAAGGAACAACAUUUUCCACGGGAUAUGAAGAACUGCCAGGAAUGCCAAAAUUAUACCUCAUAUAAUACCUGAAGCUACUUGGGAUCCUUUUAGAAAAAUUACCAAACAGCAGUCUUCCCUGAGAAUUCAGGUAUUCAACUUUCUAGAACCAAUGAAUGGACAUUCAGUGGCUCGAAUGGAGGAUCAUAUCCUUUGCAAUAUAACUUGAAUUGUACCCUGGGUAACCAUACAAAGCAUUAGCAUUAACCACAAGAGGUGCCAUUUUAAAAGUAUUUAAAUAUAAUUGAACUUGUCAUUACCACUAUGUCUUGCAUCCAAGCACUAACUUCGGGAAGUAUGCUGUGUGUGUGUGUGUGUGUGUGUGUGUGUGUGUUUUCCCAAUACAACAGUUUAUUUCAUUUUGACUGUAGUUGCCACUUAUUAUCUGACCAGAUUACAAAAAUACCAUAGGAGACACCUCAGUUCAUCCUUCUAAUAAGUCUGAUGAUUUGGUCUUCCCUGUUGCCAGCAUCCCGCCCUCUACAAAAUGGGUGGUCUUUUUCUUCAUCCCACCUAGAGGAGAAGAUAACUUGAAGGGCCACAGGAAGUUAUUUACUUCCUUGAAGUGUUUCCCCACAGUGUAGAUCUCAUGAAUCAGAUCCUCCAUGCAGAUGAUAUUGUAUUUACCAAGAGAGCGGGCAAUCAGAGUGUUAUCUGUCAAAGCAAUUCGCUUCUUAUUGAUUUUGCCAUAGUAUGCUGUGUUUUUAAGAAGUAUUUCUGAUUUACUCUGUGACAGUGUCUUGCCAUUCAUACAUUAGUUGUAGUCAGCCCAGAAGGAGAAACACCCUUUGAAGUAUUAUCGUAUGAGUACAAGAAGGAUCAAAUGAAGGGGAUUAAGGUUAUGAAAUGAUUAGUAACAGGAUCAACACACUAAAUUUUUUGAAUGAGAUAUUUAAUUAUUUUUAGAAAUAUGUAUAUCAGUACAUGACAACUGGUGCUUUUGUAAGUCUUCAACUCUCUGACAGGUUAGCUGUCUAUAAGACCAUCAGGUUGGGAGAGUUGAUUUGUAUAAAAGUCUUAGGACUGUGUUUGGCAUAAACUAAGCACCUAAUGAAUGGAAGUGAAUGCCUUGGUGAGCUUUAAGAUAAAUGGACUCAAUUUUGUCAAAAAAGUGAAUGACUUUGGGCUUAAAUACGGCCAGCCAAUGCCUAGUGUUGGACACAGUGGCAGAGACCACCGUCUUUGAGCCUGGCUGCCUGAGCUUGAACUUUGUCUCUGCUAUAAAUGGGCUAUGUGUUCUUACACAAAUUACAUCUCUGUUCAGAAGCUCUUUCAUCUCUUCAAUGAUGAUAAAAAUGGCCAUACCUCACAUGGUUGUUCUGAGAAUUAAAUGCAUUAAUACAAGAAAAGUACUUACAGACAAGGUCUUGCACAGCAGUCUCUCAAGAUGGGUUAGGUGCUAUUCAUCAUCAUUAGUGUUCUUGGACUUAAUAAAGUUUCCUAUAUUUUUUCAAAAUUGUUCCUUGAUUCUUUAAAGCCAGGUAAUUGAUUUAGAAAUACUUUUAAUUAUAUAGUAAAAAAAUACAUGAGCUGGAUUUAUAAAAUCAUUUUUAUAUCUCACUAAUAUAUUUCUCACUAUGUUUGCUUAUGGACACUAAUCAUAGGACAUUGUGAUCUCUGUCACCAUGGCUGCGACUGUACGGCUGUACCUGUGUUCAUCUCUAGCCAUCAAAUGUGAAGCCUAGAUUUUUUGUUCUGAUUCACUGGAGAAAAAUAUGGCCUGUCACAUUUUUUAAUGACAAAGUUUCAUUGUUUUACAUGUAUGUAUGUUGAUAUGUAAUAUAUUAAACAAAAUGAAUAUAACUUUAAAAACUCCUACUUGUCAUCCUUACAUCUCAGUAAGGUAUCAUCCAUGCGCACACUUCCCAUUUAAAAAGAAAAUGUCAUCAAGUUUCUGAGCUGAUGACCAGAAAGAACUAUCAUCAGAAAAAAACAGAGCAAAAGCCUAAAUUCUCACAUUUCCUUAAUUUAAACUCCUGCUAUCUGUAGGUAGUACAGAAACAUCUAAAGCUUUCUAGAAUAUAUUCAGCAUUAUUAAGAUGGACUUGAUUGAUGAUGGGCUUUUUAUAUUAAAGUUAAACCCUUUCCUUGUUAGAUACAAGAAAGUAAUUUUGUCUUAUAUAUAUUUCCAUAUAUAUAGCUUUUCCUUAUGCAAGUUCUAUAGCAAUGGGUAUGUACUUUCAUAUAAUUUUAUUUGUAUUUAAUAGCACUGUGAUAACUUUUUGUGUAUAACUAUCUGUGAAUUUAUGUGUACUGAUUUAAAUAUUUCUUGCCUUAAUUCAAUUCAAUGACAUUUUAACACAAAGGAGAUUAAUAAAUACAAAAGGCUGUGAAUAAAUCAAAGAAAUGGAAAAGUGAAUUUUUAAAACGGGAUUUGUAGGCCCUAUUUCUGUUUGGUGUUUGACCUAAUAAGUGGUUUUAUAGGAGCUAUGUAAUAUCUUUUACCUCAGGUUUUCCCUCCACCAAGUGGGACACAAAGCUCUCUAUUUUAUGACAAUGUUGUGAGGCUUUCUUGGUGAAUAAUAAAUUGGAAAAGUAUAAUGGUUAAAGUCUGUUAAAAAUGAAAAAUAUGUUACUGUAAACCUGUAUCAGUACACAUGAUGUUGAAAUGCAUUGUAAUUGUAAAGAAGUAUUUUUUACAGUGUUGGCAUUUUUAUUGCUUUGUGAAUUUUACAAAUACAUUUGUGUUUAAAAGCAAAACAAAACAAAACAAAAACUUCUGUAUGGUGAUGCUAUAACAAUAUGCACGACUUUUCACUGGAAAAAAAUCUACAACUUGUGAGACUUAUUGUGAUAAAAGAGUGGACAAACCCAUUAGGCUGACAUUACAUUCUGUAGCACGUAAUCCCAGUGGAAUCUUAAUGGAGUUUUGGGAGCCACAAGAACUAAAGGGCUAGUUUAUAAUGCUAGAACAAGAUUGUACAAAAAUUUUGCCCAUGGUUAACAACCGUCUCUCAGUGAAACAUUCAUGAUUCAACAAUAAGAAAAAUGUAUUAGUAGCGGUCUGCCCACCCAAAUGAAUAUGCUCAUUAACUUUUUUGUUGUUGUUGUUAAAAUGUUUAGUUGACAGAGAGGGGAUUUGUGGGAAGCAUUCCUUCAUGCUUUCAUGGAAAUGAAAAAUCAACUUGUUACAGAUGAUUGAAAUUAAUGCUAGAACCAUAGCUGUGGGAGCUAGAGGGACCCACAAGAUUAUCUUUAAUGACAUCUUGUUUUGGCUGAUGUGUGGUCAAGGCCAAGACAACUUCUGGGAAGUCAUACAGUAGUUACAGGCAGUGUAGGAACAGAAUACAGAGGCCUGUGUAUUUAGUGCAAUUUUAUAUCCAUUACUCUAACCUGAGUUUCCUAGGUUCAGUAACUAGAACAUUGCUGUUCUAAAAGUCACUGUAAUUAUUUGACUAUUGUCAAACUGUUUCUCUUGCAAAAAUAGGAUAAGGUAAGCUAAACUCACACACAAUGUUCAGCAAGAUAGAUUGUUGGAAUAAACCCAAUUUCUGAUUAAGAGAAUAACCCAUUCAAAACCAUAUCCAACUGCGCCUUGGAAAUGAAGAAUGAUUUUAGUGUAAGCAAAGCUGCUACUCUAGUUAAACUGGCUGGUGGCAACACUUCAUGGAAAAUUCACCCCACAGUCAUCCCUCAUUCUUUGUUUUCCUCAUCCUACACAUUAAGCUUUAUAAAUAUGAAAUAAUUUAAAGCCUUGAUAUCAUACAAAUAAAAAAUCCAUUCUAGGUUUUAAAAUGAGAAGCAACUCAAUUUUUGAGCUCUUACAUGUUUCUUUUUCUUUUUGUCCUUUUUAAUACCUCAUUAGAAAAUUUGUUUUAUAAACAAAACUAAAAGAAACCCAUAAAAUGCCAAAAACUAAAAACAUUUUAUUAGGUUGCAUUUUGAAAUAUCUAUAAUGAAUGUUCUUUUACAGGGUCCCAUAUAUUCUUGCCUUAACAUUUUCACUACAACUAAUAAAUAAGGAAAAUGCAGCAUUCACAUAACUUAAAAAGACAAAAAAGACUUUGUUCCUGUCUGCAAGUUAUCAAACAUAACAUUAAGCUGUGUCCUGAUGAUGCUGUUGAGAUUUUCUUACAUAGUCAUAAAUCACAAAUGUCAGGAAUGCUUAAAAUCUGUUCAAAAAGUACAAAAUAUUACAAAAUAUAUUAUUUAAAACUGAUAUCAGCCUAGACUUAAUGCUGUAUUAAGAUUUAAGAAGGGGCACCGGUGCCACAGCUCACUAGGCUAAUCCUCUGCCUUGUGGCGCCGGCACACUGGGUUCUAGUCCCGGUCGGGGCACCGGAUUCUGUCCCGGUUGCCCCUCUUCCAGGCCAGCUCUCUGCUGUGGCCAGGGAGUGCAGUGGAGGAUGGCCCAAGUGCUUGGGCCCUGCAUCCCAUGGGAGACCAGGAGAAACACCUGGCUCCUGCCUUCAGAUAGGUGCGGUGCGCGGGCCGCAGCGCGCCAGCCGCAGAGGCCAUUGAAGGGUGAACAAUGGCAAAGGAAGACCUUUCUCUCUGUCUCUCUCUCUCUCACUGUCCACUCUGCCUGUAAAAAAAGGGGGGGGGGCUGACUUUGGGGUACAUGGGUUAAGCUGCCACCUGCAAUGCCAGCAUCUCAUAGCAGAGCACCACUUUGAGUUCCAGCUGCUCAGCUUACAAACCAACUCCCUGCUAACACAUCCAGGAAAGCAGUAGAAGAUUUCCCAAAUACUUGGGCCCCUGCACCCAGUAGGGAGAACCACUUGGAGUUCCAGGCUCCUGGCUUUGGCCUGGCCCAACCCUGGCCAUUGGGGAGUGAACCAGCAGGUGAUAUUCCACCUUUUCUCUCUUACUUUCCCUCUUUCUCUGUUACUCUGCUUUUCAAAUAAACAAAUAAAUAUUUAAGAUUUAAAGACAUUUUUAUACAGUGUUAAAUUAUUCACUGGGGUCUACGCUGCGGCUUAGUAGGUUUAGCCUAUCUUUGCAUCCCAUAUGGGCAUCAGUUCACGUCCUGGCUGCUUCUCUUCUGAUCCAGCUCUCUGCUAUGGCCUGGGAAAGCAGUAGAAGAUGGCCCAAGUGCUUGGGCCCCUGCAUCCACAUGGGAGACCCAGAUGCUACAGUCAAGCCCAGUUCUGGCCAUUGCGGACAACUGAGGGGUGAACCAGCAGAAGGAAGAUCUCUCUCUUUGUCUCUCCCUAAACUUUUUAGAAAUAAGAAUAAAGUAAGAGUCAAUUUAUACAGCAAACUUCACUGUUGUCUUAUUUCAAGAAAUUUCCACAGCCACCUCAAUCUUCACCAACUGUCAUCCUGAUCUGUCAGCACCCAUCACCAUCAAAGCAAGAUGCUCCAUCAGCAAAUUGAUCCAGACUCACUGCAGGC